CUGAUUACGUUGGAAGGUACGUUCGAACUGUGGUUAUGAACAAUCGUGGCCACAGCAUGUCGGCGCAAUUUGUAGCUUCGUUCCCGAGAUAUAAGCAAUUGAAAAUUAGAAUAUCAAUUUCCGAAGUGUGAAUUUCGCUUUCGAAUAAUUGAUAGCUUAGCAGGUACUGCGUCAAUGUCCGGACAAAGGGACAGGUGAAAAGAAAUGGAUACAUAUAUACCUAGUCCUGAGGUCAACGACCCAUUUAUGGUUUUAAAGGUCUAUAAAUAUGUACAUUCUCAUCUUUUCUCGCGCCUUUUUGUUCGGACUCUGACCUCGGACACUAAACAAUAGGGUACUUGUUCAGCUGUCAGCUGUUCAGAAACGAAACACGCGCUUCGGAAGUUGGAAUUCCAAUUUUCAAUUCGAAAAUAAAGCUCGGUGUUGUUCAUAACCACGGUUCAAACGUAAUCAGUAAUCAACACUUUCGCGAUUCAGCCCGCGCUCUAUGCGCGCUCUAACUGGAUAGUGUUUUUCCUUAAUAACUCAAAAAAUGAACUCUUAACCAACAUUUUGGCAAAGGAAAAAAUUGUUCAGAAUCACCUCAGCAAACACCUCUCCAAGGGAUUGUCACUCUUUCUGGGACAUCCUGUACAUAAUCGCCCUGUAUAGCAAUACCAUUACAUAUGUAUAUGGUGUAGGUACGCAAGUCAUAUUAGUAUACAGGAUGUUUAAAAAAAUAUUCACUAUUUAUAUGGUACAUAGGACACCCUGUGCCGAGUAAAAAAAUCUUAGUAAACGUAGGUCAAAAAAUUAACCGUUUCUGACCGAUAUAAACGUUUUUUUUUAUGUUAACAUUAUCAUUGACUUGCUGCUGACUUCUCGCUAGUUACAGAAGAUAUAACGGCUGAUAACAGCAAACUAAUUGUCGGUCAAAUGCUCAGCUAUGUACAGACAGUGCGAGGCUGACUCGUGAGGCUGCCUCAACCGUUAGCUGUCUCGAUCGAGUCGCCUCGCGACUUUAAGUAGAAUAUGUGAGGCAAUCUCGCGAGGCAUGGUGAGCCAACAGUAACUGCGAGGCAAUCAUGGAAUCAACAUCGGCUACUGCAGCGUUUUCAUUUAUGGUGAUUCAUCGAAUUUUAAGAAAUAAAAGGACAGAGAAACGAAAACGACGAUGGUGGAUCAAAGAAUUAUAUAAAAACAGAUUUCGACUAUUUAAGUACAUUAAUUGGUUCUAAAGUGUGAAAAGAUGAUACAUAUAUGAGACCAGCCAUUACUGUUAAAGAAAGACUGGCUAUUACAUUAAGAUUUUUAGCCACCGGAGACUCAUUCGCGAGUUUACAAUAUCUUUUCCGUGUAUCAAAGCAAGCGAUAUCAACUAUUGUUCCAGAAGUAUGCGAUGCAAUAAUCGAGGUACUUCAAGAAUAUGUGAAGGCACCGUCCACUGAGGAAGAGUGGUUGACUGUUGCAAAAGAAUUUAAAGAUGUGGAAUAGUGGCACAGAAUACCAUAACUACAAGAAUUUCUUUAGCAUAGUAUUAUUUGCCUUAGUUGAUGCAGACUAUAAUUUUAUGUACGUCGACGUAGGAUGCCAAGGACGAAUAUCCGAUGGCGGAGUAUUUAAAAAUACUAAUUUGUACAAGAAAUUGGAAAAUAAUACAUUAAAUAUACCAGCACCAAGUGCUUUACAAGUCCCAUAUUCGCUGAAGAUACCAUACAUGGUAUUAGGUGAUAAAGCAUUUGCAUUAAAUGAAUACACCAUGAGACCAUUCGAAGGCAACCCAGAAAGAAUAUUCAAUUAUCGACAUUCUAGAGCUCGAAGGGUUGUUGAAAAUGCAUUUGGAAUACUGAGUGCUGUAUUUCGUGUUUUGAGAAAACCCAUUUUAUUAGAACCAAAGAAAGCAUCGAAGGUUGUGUUAACGACUAUAUAUUUACACAAUUUUUUACGCAAAGGUAUCACUUCACGACAAACAUAUACACCAGUUGGAACUUUCGAUACAGAGAUAGAUGGAGAAAUCAUAAGUGGCAGAUGGAGAAAUGAUCAGGAAAUGACAUCGCUAUUGCCGAUAAGAAAUAUUCCUCGAAAAACAAAAGAACACAUAAAAAAUAUACGUUUACAUUUGGCCAGGCAUUUUGUUUUGAAUGACGCAAUACUUUGGCAGAAUAAUUAUUAAUAAGAAAAAACUCAUUGUCAGUUAGUGUAUCUACAGUUUGACUAGGAUUGUCGCGAUCGGAUAAGAAACUGAAGUAGUCAUAGGCGAACCACUUCGACACAUAAAUGUUUUCUUUCCCUGUAACAGGAUUUGAUUUUUUAAAUAUUUUCCUUUGUAUUCUCUUUCAUUUUAUAUACUCAGUCAAAUACACUAACUAAUAACAGUAAUUAGUGAUAAUCAGUAUUGUAUUAUUUAAAAUAAAAUAUAAUACAUACCUGAUCCAGUAAUCUGACUUUGUUUCUGUCUAGACUUUUCUCUUCUGUAGGUACCCAUUAAUGAUUUCAUUUUGGCUUUAAUUUCGGCUACAGGUCUGCCUACAAUUGCACUUAUUGUUCUCCAAUUAUCUUCUCUGAUAAUAUUGUUGUAAUAAUUUUUAUCUUUCGGGUCCCAUAAUGUUCGAUACUCUUUGUACGUUUCGAUUAGAAACAGGCACUGCUCACUAUUCAUUUUUUGUACGUGUCCAAACGAAGCGUGCAAUGAACUGCGAGGCAUGUUUGAUCUUGCCAAAAAAACCGACAAUCAUCGGCUCGUCGCGCGGCAGCUUCGGAGCGAAGCAGCCUCAAAGCGAGGCAAGUACUUAUACACAUCGCGAGGCAGCCUCGCGAGUCUGCCUCGCACUGUCUGUACAUAGCUUUCUGUUAUGAAAUAUGCAUAGAAAUUGAACGAGGACAAUCAAAAUGCAAUUUAUAAAACAGUGAGGUAAUAAAAAUCGUAUACGAGGUUAGAACCCAGUAAGUCAAUCACGAUGCUAACAUACAUAUACAAAUGUUUAUAUUUCAGAAAAGGUUGAUCUUUCGACCUAUGUCUACCAAAAUUUUUUCAUUCAAUAUAGUAUGUCCAAUGUAUCAUAUAAAUAUUGAAUGUUUUUUUUUAACACCCGGCAUAUAGUUGCUUUUGAGAUGUCAACUCAUUCAGUAUUAUACGCUAGCUUUGUGUUGGAGGCAAUUGUUAAAUUUCUGUUACCCAGAAAUUUUCUUCCCAACAGAGUGUGGAAAUGUAUCAAGAGUCUACUAUAGUAGUAAUUUUGGUGAUUAUUUAAAAAUGAGUAUACCUCACCAAUUUCGAUAAGUUUGAAAUCUGUUGUCGAUGGGUGACGGGUAGCCAGUAAUUAACUACGGCAAUAAAUCUAACUAGUAUAGAUCGAAUGUAACCUAAAUUUAACAUAAUUCGAAUUCAAACUACCCCAAACAUAUUCCAAACUUUAGAAGUACGAUAUACAGUGGGCAAAAGUGUUUGGACACCGUUUAAAACAGGAUACCUCAUUUAAAAUUGGACGGAAUGACUUGAGUUUUUUUGAGAAGCUAUACA